AUGUCCAUCACGAUCGACUGGGCCAGCCUGACGACCGGACCCGCCGGCCUCGCCCUCGCCGACUCCAUCCGCGACUUCAUCCACGACAAGUUCCAGCAAGUGGCCCUCCCGCGCUUCAUUCGCUCCGUGCAAGUGCACUCGUUCGAUUUCGGGGAGGAAGGCCCGGAGGUGGAGCUGAAGGACAUUUCGGACCCGUUCCCCGAAUUCUACGAGGAUGAUGGUGACGACGACGACGACGACGAUGAAGAAGAGGAAGAGGCGGCAGAAUCUUCAGAAGGGGAGGAAGCGGUCAGCGGAGCCAUCGUCGCAGCCCCAGCCUCCACCGCACCGAAGCCCCCGACCGACGCACCCAACCGAGCCCCGACGACCGUGCCACCUCCGGCGAUAGACCCCCGCCCCCCGAACCCGACCCUCCGCGCCGGCUUCCCGUUCCCCCCGCCGCCGGCGGACCAGAUCAGCACGCCCUUCCUCUCGCGCUCCAGCACGCCCGGCCUCCCCAUCCCGGGCGGGACGGCCAACUUCGGCUACUUCCACCUGCCCCUGGGCGCCGGGCUGUCGGGGACGCAGACGCCGCUGUUGCCGUGGGGCGAGCAGCAGCAGCAGCAGCAGCAGCGUCCGCCUUCGCCGCUGCGGCGGGAGCGGGGGCACGGUGCGGCGUUCGGACCUGCGGUGCCGAGGGGGGAGUCAAAUACGCCACGUCGUCGUCGUGACCAGCGGAGCCCGAGCCGGGGGAGCUAUACCGCCGGCCCCGCGGAGCCGGACGGAGGGGGCGGGGAUCCGACGACGACGACGGAGGACCGGUCGCAAGACCUGCAGACGACGCUGCACAUAUCCUACAGCGGGACGGUGGCGCUGUCGCUGACGGCGGAGAUCCUGCUCGACUACCCGAUGCCGUCCUUCGUCGGGAUCCCGCUCCAGCUGCGGAUCACGGGGCUCAGCUUCGACGGGGUGGCCGUGCUGGCGUACCUGCGGCAUCCGGGCGCCGUCGGGGACGCGGAGAGGCGGAAGGUGCAUUUUUGCUUCCUGGGGCGGGAGGACGCGAAGGCUACGGUUGGGGAUGAGGGGGGGGUGGGGGAUGGGGGGGAGGAGGGACCGGGGGGACUGUUGAGGGAGAUUCGGGUCGAGAGCGAGAUUGGGAGGCAGGAGGGGGGGAAGCAGGUGCUUAAGAAUGUGGGCAAGGUGGAGAAGUUUGUGUUGGAGCAGGUGAGGAGGAUCUUUGAGGAUGAGUUCGUCUGGCCUAGUUUUUGGACCUUCUUGGUAUAG